GUCGUCCGUCCGCCGGCGCGAUAACUGCUUCUGCCGCGUUUAUCGUUCAACUGUUUAAUAAUAAUAUUAUUGUGUUAUAAUUUUUUAAUUUUAAUAUAAUAGUCAAAAAGAUAUCUAAUAAGCGCGUGAAAUGGCGAUCGCGUUAACGUCGUCGUCACCGCGUUUGUUGUUGUGGUUGUUGUGCGCGAGUUGUUACGUGCUGUCGUCUGCUGAACGUUUGCAGAAGCGCGGUGGUGUAGACUUUUCAGGAUUUUCGUCUGCAGCCGGUCACCAGCAACAGGACUCCGAUUACGGCGUUCAACAGCAACAGCAACCGCACCAGCAGCAACAGGAUUACGAAUUCGGCGCUAGUCACAGCCAGCAACAGGAAUACGACUUCAGUGCCGGUAACAACCAGCAAAAGGAAUACGACUUCAGUGCUGGUCACAACCAGCAACAGGAAUACGACUACGAUUCGACCGUUCAACACCAGCAACACACACGGCAGGAAUACGAUUACGGCUCCGGUCACCAGCAGCUACCACAGCAGUACGUAGACCACGGUGACGGGAAGCAUCCUAAAGUUUCAGUGAUCGAGAAAAAGGUACCGGUGCCGGUACGCGUUGAUGUAGUGAAACCUGUGCGGUAUGUGGUACAGGUACCGGUGGAUCGGCCGCGCGCAGUGCACGUGCCCAAGCCGUACCCGGUCAAAGUGGAGAAGGAUGUACCGUACCCGGUCAAGGUGUAUGAACCGCAGCCGUACCCGGUGCAGAAGGACGUCCCGGUGGCUGUUAAGGUGCCUUACGACCGCCCUGUGCCGGUGCACGUGGACAAGCCGUAUCCCGUGUACAAGGAGAAGAUCGUCCGGUACCCUGUGUACAAGCAGGUGCGCGUGCCCGUCAAAGUGCCGUACGACAGACCGGUGCCCGUGCAUGUUCCCGUCGUCAAAAAGGUGCCGUUCCGUGUGGAAAAGCCCGUUCCCGUGCCCUUCAAGGUGCCGUACAUCAGGCCAGUGCCGUACAACGUGUACAAAAACGUGCCCGUCCCGUACGAGAAGCCUGUUCCAUAUCCAGUCGAGAAACGCGUGCCAUAUCCGGUCCGAGUUCCGGUCCAUGUGCCCGUCCACGUUCCAGUCAAGAUCGAAAAACAACAUCAUCAACAACAACAACAACAACAACAACAACAACAACAACAACAACAACAACAACAACAUCAACAGAACCACAACCACUUCAUGCAGCACUAUCAACCGCAGUCCGAAAAGUUCACCCAUCAAGACGCCGUCGUAGAUUUUGGAGGACACCAACACCAACAACAACAACAGUAUCACUUUGUUCCGGAAUUUAACUCGCAGCAUAAUCAUCAAUCGUCGUUCUGAUGACUUGCGACACAAUGUUAGAUUGAUCGGAAUAAUAGCUAAACGAUUCGUUUCGUUCUUAAAUAUUUUUUUUUUUCAAAUUGUACAUUGUAUCUAUACAUAAUUAUUAAAUAUAAUGUCGUGUAAAUAAUACUAUAUAUAAUAUAAAACUAUAAUAAAACCAUCGAUUUGUGUACUUCAAAAUUAUCGAUUUAGGUACAUCGAAAUGAUCGCAUAUAAGUUUCAACAGGAAAAUGGCUUGUAAUAAGUAAUAACUAGGUAAUAGGCAGUGUUGGGUAGUAACGUAACGAUAGUAACAUGAAAAUGG